AUGGUCAGUGUGUUUGGGGCAGAGGGGUGUAUGGUCAGAGGGGUGUAUGGUCAGAGUGUUUGGGCAGAGGGGUGUAUGGUCAGAGUGUUUUGGGGCAGAGGGGUGUAUGGUCAGUGUGUUUGGGGCAGAGGGGUGUAUGGUCAGAGGGGUGUAUGGUCAGAGUGUUUGGGCAGAGGGGUGUAUGGUCAGAGUGUUUGGGGCAGAGGGGUGUAUGGUCAGAGUGUUUGGGGCAGAGGGGUGUAUGGUCAGAGUGUUUGGGGCAGAGGGGUGUAUGGUCAGUGUGUUUGGGGCAGAGGGGUGUAUGGUCAGAGUGUUUGGGGCAGAGGGGUGUAUGGUCAGAGUGUUUUGGGGCAGAGGCAGAGAGGGGUGUAUGGUCAGUGUGUUUGGGGCAGAGGGGUGUAUGGUCAGAGUGUUUGGGCAGAGGGGUGUAUGGUCAGAGGGGUGUAUGGUCAGAGUGUUUGGGCAGAGGGGUGUAUGGUCAGAGUGUUUGGGGCAGAGGGGUGUAUGGUCAGAGUGUUUGGGGCAGAGGGGUGUAUGGUCAGAGUGUUUGGGGCAGAGGGGUGUAUGGUCAGAGUGUUUGGGGCAGAGGGGUGUAUGGUCAGAGUGUUUGGGGCAGAGGGGUGUAUGGUCAGUGUGUUUGGGGCAGAGGGGUGUAUGGUCAGAGUGUUUGGGGCAGAGGGGUGUAUGGUCAGUGUGUUUGGGGCAGAGGGGUGUAUGGUCAGAGGGGUGUAUGGUCAGAGUGUUUGGGGCAGAGGGGUGUAUGGUCAGAGUGUUUGGGCAGAGGGGUGUAUGGUCAGAGUGUUUGGGGCAGAGGGGUGUAUGGUCAGAGUGUUUGGGGCAGAGGGGUGUAUGGUCAGAGUGUUUGGGGCAGAGGGGUGUAUGGUCAGAGUGUUUGGGCAGAGGGGUGUAUGGUCAGAGUGUUUGGGCAGAGGGGUGUAUGGUCAGAGUGUUUGGGCAGAGGGGUGUAUGGUCAGUGUGUUUGGGGCAGAGGGGUGUAUGGUCAGAGUGUUUGGGCAGAGGGGUGUAUGGUCAGAGUGUUUGGGCAGAGGGGUGUAUGGUCAGUGUGUUUGGGGCAGAGGGGUGUAUGGUCAGUGUGUUUGGGGCAGAGGGGUGUAUGGUCAGUGUGUUUGGGGCAGAGGGGUGUAUGGUCAGAGUGUUUGGGCAGAGGGGUGUAUGGUCAGUGUGUUUGGGGCAGAGGGGUGUAUGGUCAGAGUGUUUGGGGCAGAGGGGUGUAUGGUCAGUGUGUUUGGGGCAGAGGGGUGUAUGGUCAGAGGUUUGGGGCAGAGGGGUGUAUGGUCAGAGUGUUUGGGGCAGAGGGGUGUAUGGUCAGUGUGUUGGGGCAGAGGGGUGUAUGGUCAGUGUGUUUGGGCAGAGGGGUGUAUGGUCAGAGAGAAUUGA